CCAUAAAAAGUAUUGUUCUGCGUUCUGUGGAUAUAACCUAUAUCGCCUUCCCCAUAGACAAGUUCCUUGCCAUUGAUUAUACAAGUGUGUUAUGUGUAUAAUUACAGAUUUAAAUAUCAGGCCUUCAUUCAACGAUAUAACGUAUCUAUGCUAUUAUAUUAUAUCACAAUCACAAAUAAUCACGUACGGUAUCGUCGGUAUCUCAAUCUAUAUACUCUUUGUAAACUGUUUAAGUAUUGAAUGUUUAUAUCUUUGUUUAUUCAUAAACAAAUCUUAUACCUUUUGUUUAGUUUAUAGCUUAGAUCGUGUAAUUAUAUUCCAUGUAAAUAGAUCAUUGUAUAUUUAAUACUCGAUUUAGUAUCAAUAGGUACUCAUAUGAUCAAAGUGUUUACUAUUCUCACAAUUUUGGGGUGGUGAUAGUGCAAAUCAAACCUACUUAAUUUUUGUAUCUUUCUGAAUGCUUAUGGGCAGUUACAUUGGUCAAGGUGCCUAAUGGAUGACAACGUUGUCUUAGUUAAAAUUGAACCAAAACAAGAAGAAGAAAUAAAUUUGUCCAUUGAAGGAGACAUUCUUGUAACGGAUGUUUCUUUUGAAACUAUAAAGGGAGAACAUAAUGGAACUACGACAGGUUCACCAUAUUGUAGGCAAGAGUACAAUGGAGAUCAAAUGCUGCAACAAGGUCAUUCCUCAAACAUUAAAUGUGGAACUGUAAAGUUUAAAUGUGUGGCUUGCGAUUACACAACGGGUAAUGAACCACAUUUUAAAAUACACCUCGUGACGCACAAGGAUACUGAAGAUUUUAAAUGUGCAAAAUGUAAUUAUGCAACAAAUAUUAAACGCUGUGUUGAAUCGCAUCUCUUAACUCGGGAACAUUCGAAAUGUUUUAAAUGUGAUAUUUGUGAUUAUACAACGGACACUAAGAGGAAUCUGAGAAAUCAUGAUCAAAAACACACGGUUUCAGAACUUUUUAAAUGUGACGUUUGUGAUUAUGCAACAAAAUGGAAGUACAGUUUGGAGCAACAUGUCGUAAAACACAAUUAUUUGAAAGAUUUAAAAUGUGAUAUUUGUGGUUAUGCAACAACGAAGGCCUAUUUAAAAAAACAUGUUUUAAUACACAGUUAUUCAAAAGAUUUUAAAUGUGAUUUUUGUGAUUAUGCAACAAACAGGAAGGGCAAUUUGAAGCUACAUGCCUUAAUACACAAUGAUUCAAAAAAGCUUAAAUGUGUAAUUUGUGAUUAUGCAACGAAUAGGAAAGACCAUUUAAAGCAACAUGUCCUAAUACACAAUGAUUCAAAAGAUCUUAAAUGUGAUAUUUGUGAUUAUAGAACAAAUACUAGGACAAAUUUGAGGGGUCAUGUUCUAAAGCACAAUGUUUCAACCGUUUUUAAAUGUGACACUUGUGACUAUGAAACAAAAAGGAAGCGGAGUUUGAAGUUACAUGUUUUAAUACACAAUGAUUCGACAUAUUUCAAAUGUGAUAUUUGUCAUUAUGCAACGAAAAGGAAGGGCAAUCUAAAGCGACAUGUUGUAGUACACAGUGAUUCGAAAGAUUUUAAAUGUGAUAUUUGUGAUUAUGCCACUAACAGGAAGGACAGUUUAAAACAGCAUGUCUUAUUACACAAUGAUUUGAAAUUUAAAUGUGACAUUUGUGAUUAUACAACAAAUACUAAUAGGAAUUUGAGAGGUCAUGUUUUAAAACACAAGGUUUGAACAGUUUUGAAAUGUGACGAUUGUGACUGCAACAAAAUGGAAGCACAGUUUGAAGAUACAUGUCUUAUUUUUAAUAAGCAGUUUGAAAUUGCAUACAAUCAUUCUUAGCACUGUAAUUGAGCGUCAUCAUAUAUGUACAGAAUGCUAAUUGUACUUUCAAGUAAUUAGCUAUGCUAAUAAUUACCUACUAUAGGAAUAGUAAAUUUGGCAAACCACAGGGAUUUAAAAUGCUCUACCUCUACUUUUGGGUUUUACCACUUGCAAAACAAUUUUUUCUCAUUUGUUUUAGCGGUGGUGUGUGAUUUCAUCACUGUCACUGAUUUACGCAAGGGUCAGAAACAGAUUAAGUAGGGAAAUGAGUGUGUUUAUUCAGAAAUUAUAUUGCAAAUAACAAUAAAGUUGUCCAGUUGAUAAAAAUACCUGCUUAUAUUUUUUAAUGUUAAUACAGGUCUAGACCAUUUGUGAAUGUAACGAACGUUAAUUAUCAAAAUCUUAAGUAAAAAUAAAAAUUUAAUAAAUAUAUAUGUUAUUUGCUAGGUAUCUAAACCUAUCUAAAUAUAGAUAUUGUAUCUUUAGCAUGUACAUCUUUGGACAGAAUUAAAC